GCCGCUGAACGUACUGCGGUGGAACACCGGGAGAACUGCGGGAGAAUACGGGGAGAACACCGGGAGAACUGCGGGAGAAUACGGGGAGAACACCGGGAGAACUGCGGGAGAAUACGGGUGAUAUUGUCCGGGUGAAUAGCAGGAGAAGACCGGGGGAACGCCGGAGGAAUAGUCCGGUUGUCUCUGUCGUUAGUGUGCGCGGGUUGUUGCGGCGACGUGAUGGAAGAUGUUCACCUGAACAACGAGACGUGCACAAACGGCUCGGGGGUUAGGUUGUGGUGCGGCUCUCAGUCUGCGGUGUGUUUAUUGUCCUACACACACCUGAACAACAUCACAACAGAUGUGCAGACAGGUGUGGUCUACAACCUGUGGCUCGGCCUGACUCUGGCGCUGCUCUCUGCCUUCCUGAUUGGCAGCAGCGUCAUCCUGAAGAAGAAAGCUCUGCUCCGAUUGGCCAGCGGCGGACACACCAGAGCAGGUGACGGCGGCCACGGCUACCUGAAGGACUGGCUGUGGUGGGGCGGCCUGCUGACCAUGGGAGCGGGGGAGGGCUGUAACUUUGCUGCCUACAUGUUUGCUCCGGCGACGCUGGUGACUCCUCUGGGUGCUCUGAGUGUCCUCAUCAGUGCCGUCCUGUCCUCCUACCUGCUGGGGGAGGCCCUCAACGUUUUGGGGAAGCUCGGCUGUCUGCUGUGCAUUCUGGGAAGCGUCCUGCUGGUCAUCCACGCUCCGCAGGAACAGGAAGUGACAUCGCUGCAGGACAUGACCGACAAGUUGCUGGAGCCCGGGUUCCUGGUCUUUGCGUCGGUUGUGUUGCUGUUGUGUUUGCUGCUGGUGUUGUUCGUCUCUCCGCGGUUCGGCCGCUCCAACAUCCUGGUCUACAUCAGCAUCUGCUCGCUGCUCGGAGCCUUCACCAUCUCCUCCGUCAAGGGCCUGGCCAUCGUCAUCACCACUGUGUUUUCUGAUGUCUCAGUGCUGGGUCGUCCUCUCACCUGGAUCCUGCUCGUCACUCUCAUCGUCUCCAUAGUAACACAGGUGAGCUGUGAGCAUCUUUUUAAACUCCUCUUCCACUUCCUUCCGCUUUUCGCGUUUUUGCCCACUUACCAAACCACCUCCGUGGUGCUGCUCACCUCCGUGGUCCUCUUCCAGGAGUGGAACAACAUGUCGGUCCCCGACGUGGUCGCCGCGCUGGCCUCCUUCCUGGUCAUCGUGGUGGGCGUGGCCAUGCUGCAACUCUUCAGAGACCUACAGGUGACGUUGAAGCAGCUGACCAAUCAGCUGGCUCCACGGGUGGAGCAGGAGGGGCUUCCCAAGGUUCCAGCCAAUGGACACGCGGCAGGAAGGAAAGAGGACAAAUACACACUGGUGGACAACAUGGUGAUAGAAAGUCUGCCUCCGAUGAGAGAGGAAGGGCCCAGAGUCUUCAUCAUCAGCUGAGAGAGAGAUGAAGUCUUCAUCAUCAGCUGAGACCUUUUUAAUCACCUUUUCCUGAGUUUUUUUUGCCUUUUUCUAAAGUUUUUGUCGUAUUUUCCUCAUCAUCAGCUGAGAGAGGAAGGACACAGGUUUUUAAUUUCCCAGAAAUGUGAACUUUUCAAUGUUUUUGCCGCUUAUUUCUGGCGUUUUUUAUGCCUUUUAUUCUGAGGGUUUAGUUCAACCAGACUCCAUGUACAUAAUCAGGACUUUUAGCGUGUAUAGAGCCAGCAUAUCUCCACCAGACUCCAUGUAAAUAAUCAGGACUUUUAGUGUGUAUAGAGCCAGCAUAUCUCCACCAGACUCCAUGUAAAUAAUCAGGACUUUUAGUGUGUAUAGAGCCAGCAUAUCUCCACCAGACUCCAUGUAAAAAAGAAACAUGGACAAAUAGGGUCCAGGGUGUAAAAUACUAGAGUUACCCUUUAAUAAGCGUCUUUUAUAAUACAGUAUUUUAGAUGUAAUCCAGGAUUUAAAGGCUGAAACCCCAAACCAACAGCGUUAAUCCAGCUGAUCAUCAUGUGACUUCCAGCCCCUGUAAACUGAACAGAGAUCAGUUUAAAUAAAUAAUGUGAGGUCACCUGCAGCGUAACCCGAGAGCAGACGCACCUUAAAUAUAUAUUUCAUAAGUUUGAUUUAUUCAUCACGUCUCUCCGAUGGAAGUUAUUCUGAACUCAUCGCACAGUUUAACCCUCAGAGGGUCUUCUUAAAUUCAUGUUUUUAGGGUGUGUGUGUGUGUGUGUGUCUCUGUGUGUGUGUGUGUGUGUGUGUGUGUGUGUGUGUGUGUGU